AUGAGUCGUGGUCAAAAAUUUUCACGAUUACUUCAACAUCUCGAAAAAUGUUCUCAAAGUAUAAUGUAUUAUGACGAGAUUGCUGCUGUCGUACAACGGAUUCGACAAAUUGAAUCAAUUAUGGUACCAUAUGAAUUUCGUCCAAAUCAAAUUUUUGAUGAGAGAAAACAUAUUGUAGACAUCGCGGCCAAGCAAUAUCUUCGGCAGGCGACUAGUGAUGUGCAUCACCUUGUUCCAGUUCAAGUCACUGCCAAUGGAAAUUGUUUGUACAAUUCUAUUCUUCUCUUAAUGAAUAAUCCAGCAGUGACAACGAGUGAAUUACGAGUUCGAACAAUUAUUGAACUUGUUACGAAUGAAACUUAUUAUUCAAACACGUACUCACCUUUCGCCGGACCUAUCGACAUUGCAAUACAAGCUGUAUGCAAAAAUUACACAUUUUCUGAACUAUAUGAAAUUGGUGCAUUAUGCAAUGUGCUUAAAUGUAACAUAAGAAGUAUCUAUCCAAACAUUGACGUUCGAGAUUAUACAGCUAUCGCCAAUAAUAUCUUUAUGCCUCCUCCACCUAUUGUUGCUAACUGCGAAAUUACAAUUUUGUGGUCACACACCUUGAACGAAAAAGAGGCAAGAAUUGUAAAUAACUCCACAUGGAGUCCGAAUCAUUUUGUUCCUCUUAUGCUACCAUGUAUUCAACGUGAAUUUGAUAGUAAUAAUCAAUCAACGCCUGUUCUUGCAACUCCUGAAAAGCAAACAUUUAAGAAUAAUUCUGUUAUCCAGAUACGAAUUCCUGAAUUUCAAUUAACUCCUAGCAGACGUUUACGAAGUGAAAUUAAUAUAGACACUCUUUCAUCUCAGUCGAUCAUACCCGAUGAAAUGUUGAAAGAUCAGAAUAACAAAGAAGAACAACGUCAAGUUCAACUUGAGAAGAAACGAGAACGAGUUCAAUCUAGUCGAAUUAAUGAAACAGAAGAACAACGUCGAAAUCGCCUUGAAAAAGAAAGGCAACGCACGCAUAAUAGUCGAAUGAAUGAAACAGAAGAACAACGUCGAAAUCGACUUGAAAAGGUCAGAGAACGAACUCGAUCCAGGCGAAUGAAUGAAACAGAAGAACAACAUCAAAAUCGUCUUGAGAAAGAUAGACACCGCAUUCACUCUAGUCAGAUGAAUGACACAGAAGAACAGCGCCAAAAUCGACUUGAAAAGAAGAGAGAACAGACUCGAUCCAGUCGAAUGAAUGAAACAGAAGAACAACGCCAAAAUCGACUAGAACAGCAAAGAAAGCGAAGUCAAGCAAACAGAGAAAAAAAGAAAAUCGAAAAACGUGCAUCUCACAAUAUUAGUAUUCAACAACAAAAUAUUCAGAUGCGAUUUACUGAAACAGAAGAACAUGAAUCGUAUAAUGAUAGUGGUACAUCUGACCUUAUACCAAAUGAAAAUAUUAUAAUGAAACACCGAAAUCAUACUUCUUCGCCUUGGCCGGAACCAAUUUCUCGUGAUCUGAAAGAGAACUGUCUUAAACAAUUUCUUCAUCAAAUGACCAUGUCAUCAUUAGCUGAAACUACUUGUGCAGUUUGCAAUGUUCGGACUUCAGUACAAAAGUCGAAAUCAGUACCUCUCUCAAAAAUUACUGUUAUUGAAUCACUCAAAGUUUCAGAUGAAACUAAAGCUUUAAUCAUGAACACCCAGUUAUCAAAUCUACAUUGCAUAAAUCACGACACCGUAACUACUGUUAAUAGUGAUGGUAUACAGAUGAUAGAUCAUGCUCAAAGUAUUUCAACUCCCAAGUCAUCAUCUUUUUAUUGUGAAGAUAAUAUUAUUUUAUAUGCUAAUGGCUUAUUUCAACAAAACAAUGUAAAUAUGUGCAGACUCUGUCAAAAAUGCCAUGAUGCUUUGUCGAAAGAACGCAUUCCUAAGUUUUCACCUGCCAAUGAUAUGUGGUUAGGCGAUGUUCCUGCUGAACUACAAGGCUUAACAAUUCCCGAACAAAAGUUAAUAUCACUUUAUCGUCAUAAUAGCUGUGUGAUAAAACUUCAGUCACCUUUUCAUUCAGCUACAACUUCACAAACAGCAUUGAAAGGCAAUUGUAUUACUUUUAUUCAAAAUAUACCAAACAUUGUUAAUAGUCUACCACUAAAACUCGACGAUCUAUGUGACACAUUAAAAGUUAUUUUUGUUGGAUCUCGUCCUCCUGAACGUAUUCAUCUUAGAAAAAUUUUAACGGUACGCAAGAAGAAAAUUAUUCAGGCUCUACAAUGGCUGAAGAAAUAUAAUAUUCUCUACCAAAGCAUCGAGAUAAAUCUUGAGAAUAUUGCUCAACUACCUGAAGACGACGUACCAGAAUCUAUUAUGUCAACCAUGGAACAAAAGAUAAGUGAUGAAGAUAUUCAAUCUGAAAGAACUGGAUAUGUUCGCGAUCCAUUAUCUGAUCCAAUAGAACAUACUACUGCAGAUGCUAUUCCAAUUAGUAACAGGUAA